AAAUUCCCAAAAUUUUCUUUGCGCUUUCCCCGCCAUUAGCAUCGCCUUGCUCAUUUUCUCUCCCUAGGGCACAGAAUUCAAAUGACUGUAUCUCAUCAUUGAGCACUAAUUCAACUGGUGAGUUGCGGCAAUUUGUGUAAACGAAGUUCUCUCUAAUUGUUAUCGGUAGAUGUGCUUAUUAUCUAGUUUGCUGAUUUUCACGGCCGGUUAAUGACGAAUUCCGGCGGUGGAGCUCCUCAUGGAAUCAACCUUUCGAAUACUGUCUAUUCUGAAGUUGCUUCUUUCUUGCCGUUGCCGUCGCUACCGGUGUUCUGCGGCGCGGCAGACCCGGAGAUUCGUCUGUUCGAAGAGGCGACCGGCUCGAGAUCGCUCAAUCGAAUUGAAGUGCUCAGUCAAGCUAAAAGGAUCGCUGAUCUACUUCACCAAACUGAUGUCUCUUACUUAAAUAUUAGAGAUGGGACAUCUGACAUUCCCUUUGAAAAUGUUGAGCCUCUAGAUCUUCAUAUGGAAGUUCUUCGUUUCAAUUCUGAAGCAUUUGACUGUGUUGCUUCAGGUGCUAUUGAUGGACAGUUUUGUAACACUGCAACACCCAAAAAUAAGCCUUUGGAGCAAAGUAUACCUGUUAAUACUCAACCACAAAAUGAAUUCAGAGAUGCUCUUGCUCACCAGCCUCACCAUGCUGCAGAUGACUCGCUAGCUGCUACUUCUAGCAGGCAAAAGAAUAAGAAGAAAGGAAAAGUUGAUAAACAACCAUCUGCUGUUCCGGAUCCUUCUGAGCUUCAAGAUGCCACUAUUGGAGCCUUCCGCGAGUACUUGGAAGAGUUAUGUGACAGAGCGGAAAUUGCUGAUGAUGAUAGAGAUGAAGCAGAGUGUUUACAGUUGCCUGUUGCUGAUCUCAGGGUGCUGAUGAAUGAAGUUACAUCUAUUCGGGCAAAGAAUCUUCUACAUUUGAUUCCUGUAGAUAUUCUUGCAAGACUAAUGAAGAUUUUAGAUCAUCAAGUUCAUAGAGCGGAAGGUUUAUCAGUUAAUGAAUGUGAAAGUUCUCAUUCAGAAGCAGUUUCAUCAAUUUAUGGUGCUUUGGAGUCCAUUCAUGCAGCUUUGUUGAUUAUGACUCAUACAGACAUGCCAAAACAGCUUUACAAAGAGGAGACCAUAGAAAGAAUUUUGGAGUUCUCUAAAAGACAAAUGGGUGAUGUCAUGUUAGCAAGUGAUCCAGCAUAUCAUGCUUUGCAUAGGCCAAGUGAAAAUGGAGUUCUUGAAGCUGAAGAAGAUGAUGAUGAUGAUGCUGAGUUUGGUUCAGCAAGUAAGAGAAGGCGUUCCAUAAAGGGUGGAAAAUUGAAAAGAUCAGCAGCAAACAAGGCCUCUGCUGCAGUGAAUACGAUACUUCAGAAACUCUGCACUAUAUAUGGAUUACUCAAGGAACUGCUAAUGGUAGAGCGCUUGUCUGAUAGUUGUAUUUUGCAGUUAGUGAAGACAUGCUUCACAACAUUCUUUGUGGAUAAUAUUCAGCUGUUGCAGCUGAAAGCACUUAGCUUAAUCAGUGGGAUUUUUUAUGCAUAUGCACAACACCGAAUCUAUGUGAUUGAUGAGCUGCUUCAGUUGCUUUUGAAGUUGCCAUUCUCCAAACGAACUUCAAGAACUUACCUUUUACCUGAUGAAGAGCAAAAGCAGAUUCAGAUGGUAACUGCGUUACUUAUUCAGUUGGUUCACUCUAGUGCCAAUCUUCCAGAAGCUGUAAGGCAAACAUCAAAUAGAAACGCUAUCUUUGAGGUUGCUGUUGAUGGUGGUUAUCCCUCUAAAUGCUAUGAAGCUGUGACGGACACUUGCUGUCUUUUCUGGAGUAAAAUGCUACAGCGAUUUUCUAGUACAAAAAAUCAGGAUGCAUCUGAAUGGAAAACAAUAAUGGAGAAUCUUGUUAUUGACUUGUUGACAACAUUGAAUCUACCUGAAUACCCUGCUUCUGCACCUAUUUUGGAGGUAUUAUGUGUCCUACUACUCCAGAAUGCUGGGUUGAAAUCAAAAGAUAUUGCUGCUCGUUCAAUGGCCAUCGAUCUCCUUGGUACUGUUGCUGCUAGGUUGAAGCAUGAUUCUUUCAUUAACAGGAAGGAGAAGUUCUGGAUAGUGAAGGAGUUAACAGGUGGAGACAACACGGCGCCUACUUCUAGUGAUGAAUGCACUGUAUGUAUGGAGGGGAGGGGAGAAAACCCCAUGAUUUUAUGUCAAGGUUGUCAGAGAUUAUUUCAUGCAGAUUGUGUGGGAGUCAGAGAACAUGAAGUUACAACCCGUGGCUGGAAUUGCCACUUAUGCCACUGCCAGAAGCAACUUGUUGUUUUACAAACUUAUUGCAAGUCACAGCACAAAAGUGACGAGGGAAAUGAUAGUAGUCUCCCAGAAAAAUCUUCUGGAAAUAAUACAGGGUCCACUGCAAAAGUAGAAGUGGUGCAACAGAUGCUUCUGAAUUAUCUUCAAGCAGCUGGAACUGCUGAUGAUGUUCAUAUCUUUGCCCGCUGGUUUCAUGUGUGCCUUUGGUACAAAGAUGACCCAGGUUUUCAGCAGAGAUUCCAUUACUAUCUUGCUAGACUAAAGUCAAAUGCAAUUGUGCGGAAUUCUGGGAUUGCAUCACCAUUGUUUAAGAGGGAGUCUUCCAAGAAGAUAACUUUAGCUUUGGGUCAAAAUAGUUCUUUUUGCAGAGGAUUUGAUAAGAUUCUUCAUAUGCUUUCGGCUAGUUUAAGGGAGAACUCUCCUGUUAUUCGUGCUAAGGCUCUAAGAGCAGUCAGCAUUAUAGUAGAAGCUGAUCCUGAGGUCUUAGGUGACAAAUAUGUCCAAAAAGCUCUGGAAGGAAGAUUUUGUGAUUCUGCAAUAUCUGUAAGAGAAGCAGCACUUGAACUUGUAGGUCGACAUAUUGCCUCUCAUCCAGAUGUUGGUUUGAAGUACUUCGAGAAAGUUGCGGAGAGAAUAAAGGACACCGGUAUUAGUGUUCGAAAGAGAGCCAUCAAAAUCAUAAGAGAUAUGUGCACAUCAAAUGCUAAUUUCACUGGAUUUACCAGAGCUUGCACGGAGAUUAUUUCUAGGGCUACAGAUGAAGAAUCCAGUAUUCAGGAUCUUGUCUGCAAAACAUUUUUUGAGUUUUGGUUUGAGGAGCCUUCUGGUUCACACAGUCGUCUCUAUGGAGGGAGUAGCACUGUUCCAAUGGAAGUGGCUAAGAAAACUGAGCAGAUGGUUGAGAUGCUGAGAAGAAUGCCAAAUCACCAACUACUUGUUACUAUCAUUAAACGCAACUUAGCUCUAGAUUUUUUACCACAAUCAGCUAAAGCUGCUGGAGUCAACCCUCUUUCACUUGCAUCUGUUCGCAGACGAUGUGAACUAAUGUGCAAGUUCUUGCUAGAGAGGAUAUUGCAGGUGGAGGAAACAAAUGCCAAUGAAGCCGAAGUAGACAUGCUUCCUUAUUUGUUGCUUUUGCACGGGUUUUGCGCAAUUGAUCCUACACUUUGUGCUCCAGCUUCAGAUCCUUCCCAGUUUGUGAUCACUUUGCAGCCAUAUUUAAAGACUCAAGUUCAGGCUGACAAUCGAGUGGCCGCCCAGCUCCUGGAGAGCAUAAUAUUUGUCAUUGAUUCAGUUCUCCCACUGGUUCGGAAGCUUCCUCAAAAUGUCAUUGAAGAACUUGAACAAGACCUGAGGCAAAUGAUUGUUCGCCAUCCAUUCUUGACUGUAGUACAUGCUUGCAUCAAAUGCCUGUGCUCCAUCAACAAAAUAGCAGGAAAAGGUGCGACGGUAGUUGAAUAUCUUGUUCAGGUGUUUUUCAAACGAUUGGAUGCCUUGGGGUUUGAAAAUAAACAGCAAGUUGGGCGUUCUCUUUUUUGUGUUGGAUUGCUUAUUCGUUAUGGAAGCUCCUUGCUAAGUUCAUACUGCUCCAGCAAUACUAACAUAGACGUCAAAAACAGUCUCUACUUGUUUAAAAAGUAUCUCCAAGCAGAGGACUUUGUCAUGAAGGUCAGAUCAUUGCAGGCAUUAGGCUAUGUCUUGAUUGCACGGCCUGAAUACAUGUUGGACAAAGACGUCAGGAAAAUUCUGGAGGCGACGCUUGCUUCUGGUACUGACGUGCGUUUAAAGAUGCAAGCAUUGCAGAAUAUAUACGAGUAUCUUGUUGAUGCGGAAAGGCAAAUGGGAGCAGAUAAAGUCAAUAAUGAUGUUAUUGCUAAUUCAAUAGAUGGUAGUAGCCAUAGCGUUCCUGUUGCUGCAGGUGCAGGCGAUACUAACAUCUGUGGAGGAAUAGUUCAAUUAUACUGGGACAGGAUAUUGGACAGAUGUUUGGAUACGGAUGAACAUGUCCGUCAAUCUUCACUCAAGAUAGUGGAAAUUGUAUUACGACAAGGUCUAGUUCAUCCUAUUACCUGUGUGCCACAUCUUAUUGCUCUUGAAACAGAUCCUCUGGAAGCAAGCUCAAAGCUGGCUCAUCAUUUGCUGAUGAAUAUGAAUGAAAAGUAUCCUGCUUUCUUUGAAAGCCGUUUGGGAGAUGGUCUCCUCAAGUCGUUCAAUUUCAUAACAUCCAUGAUUGGAACUAAUGAAAAUUCAAACGCAGCAAAGAUACCUGAUCUUGCAAGAAGGAAAGUUGAGAACGGAUCAUUUGCUUAUGCAAAAGUUGGUGUUUCCCGAAUCUACAAGCCGAUCCGUGGAAGUCGUACGUCAAGGAACAAGUUUAUGUCGUCAGUAGUCCGGAAAUUCGAUACCCCAAGCUGGAAUGAUACAGUUAUCCCUUUCCUGAUGUACUGCACUGAGAUUCUUGCAUUGCUUCCUUUUGCAUUACCUGAUGAGCCUCUUUAUUUGAUUUAUUCUAUAAAUCGAAUCAUUCAAGUUCGAGCUGGGUCGAUUGAGGCAAAUAUGAAAUCGUUUUUGCAUGGUUAUCGAGAGGUUAAGGUUCCUAAUGGUGAUGGCAUAACACUGCAAGGGCAACCUACACAGUAUUUCACUUCUCAUGCAGCAGCGUCAUCGUCGUACAUGGACUUGAAUGGGACUGCCAAGGAAGAACCAACUGAUCUAUAUGGUUCUAAUAAUUCACAGCUUCCAGUCCCAGAUCAACAUGAUCAUUGUAAUAUGCAGUUUGUGGCUGCAAACUUGCAUUCUGUUUCUUCAGAUAACAAUGCAAAUUGUACCCUUGAAGAUCUUCAGAAAAUCCAGGCUGAUUGUCUUGCAGCAAGUGCACUGCAACUGCUUCUGAAACUAAAGAGACAUCUAAAAAUUGUUUAUGGUUUAAACGAUGCUCGAUGUCAGGAAUACUCUCCAAACGAACCUAUAAAGCCAGGAGAGACACUGUCUAAACAGAACAUCCCGAUCAAUAUUGGUGAACCUCACAUUGUGCAGCCUUGUACCUAUGAAGAAGUGUUACAAAGAUAUCAGGAAUUUAAGAACGCGAUGAAGGAGGACACAAUUGACUAUGCAAUAUACACUGCAAAUAUUAAACCGAAACGUCCUGCUGCUCCUCGGAAAAGCAGUAGGGGUGGGGGAAGAACCAAUAACCGCAGUAGAUACGAAGAUGAUGAUGAUAUCGAUGAUGAAAAUUGGGGAGGAGGAAGUGGGAUGAAAACGCAGAACAGUGCGGUAAGAAGAAGUGGUAGAAAUAGGUAAUAGUAUGUGAAGAUUGGGGGCAGAGAUGUAAAUACCUCUCAAACAGCAGCAGGUAAAGAAAGCUAACAACAACCAAUUAGUGUAUAUUAUUAUGUUACGAUUACUAUUGUUAUUGUUAUGUUUAGAGAAUUUGUUUAGAGGAGGGGGGUCCUUUUUCAGAGAAAGAGAACAUUCAUCAAUCAUUAAGCCAUCUAAUGGAUCAUCCUUCCCUGCUAGAUCAUCAACUCCUCAUCCUCCUCUAUUAGAGGUACUUCUUUUUUUAUUAUCUGGCUCAUCUUUAUUCUAGCGUAAUGUAAAUCUUCAGUUUUUGUAGUUUGUUAAUCUACUUGCCACCAAUUGUUAGUUAUUAAGUUUCUGGGAAUGGAUGGAUACUUUAGUAAAUUUAAAACUCCAGUACUUUCUUUUUGGUUUCUUGGAUGACCAAUUUAGUGAAAUUUGGUG